AUGGAAGAUACUUUAACUGAACGUUCAAUCAAUGUAAAAUUUCGUUCUUCUACUGGCGCCGCUUUCGAUAUGUGCUUUGAUCCUGGACAGCUGACCGUUCAACAACUAAAAGAGAGGCUUGUGACGCAAAUCUCUAUACCUGCAGAUAAUAUGCGUCUAGUUUAUUCCGGAAGGGUGUUGAAGGAUGAGGAUAUGGUGGACCUUUACGGCGUGAAAGAAGGUCAUACAAUACAUGUUGUUCGAGGGGCGGCCAACCGUGCUGCUGAACAAGCAGCGAAUGCGACAUCGACUACAUCACCCCAAAGAAACGCUAACAUGGCGGCAACAAAUUCUUUCGGAAUGAAUCAUUUUGGAAACAAUCUCGAACAAGAUAUGAGAAACAUGAUGAAUUCACCUGUGAUUAGGCAAUUGCUCUCUAAUCCAGAAAUUGUGAGGUCCAUGGUGAUGCAAAAUCCAACAAUGAGACAGAUGAUUGAGCGAAAUCCCGAAAUUGGUCACAUAAUUAAUGAUCCAUCCUUUAUCCGUCAGACAAUGGAUAUGGCACGUAAUCCCGAAUUAAUGAGAGAAAUGAUGCGCAAUAAUGACCGAGCAUUGGCGAAUCUUGAAACUAUACCAGGUGGCUUUAACCAUUUACGGCGAAUGUACCAUACAUUACAGGAACCACUUGAGUCUGCAGGCCGACAUAAUGAUCAAUCAUCACAAGCAGCAAAUCAACGCCUUGCUCAACUGUUAAAUGUUGAAAGGCCUCCAGAGGGGCGAAUAAAUAAUGUACCAUUGCCGAACCCAUGGGCUCCGCGUAACAAUACAAUAACGAAUGCUAAUAAUCCUUUUGGAUCAUCUUCUGGGAUAUCACCUCUUAGCAUCAUGGGUUUUCCGCCUUCUCAACUGUCUUUUCCACCAUCAUCAGCA